AUGUCUCAACCAAACGGAAUCGCCACGCUUUUGAAAGCCGAAAAGGAGGCCCACGAAAUUGUCUCUCAGGCCAGACAGUACCGUCAGGACAAAGUCAAGCAGGCCAAGACCGAUGCUGCCGAAGAAAUUAAUGUCUACAAGCAGAAAAAGGAGCAGGAACUCAAGGACUUUGAAGCCAAGAACGCUGGAGGUGUCGGUGGUCUAGAAAAGGAUGCCGAAGACCAGGUCCAAAGCGAAAUCAGCACUCUUGAAAAAACUGGCAAACAAAAGAAAGAUGCCAUUGUGAAGCUCUUGAUCGAUGCAGUGACGACCCCAGUGACCGAAGUUCACGUCAAUGCUGCUUAA